UAUACAUUCGUGCCGCAUUCACAAGAAUACUCUACUACUUCACAAGCCCGUUCACUUCAGAUUCAUACUACGACACCGGUCGCGAACAACGUUAGAAAACAUGAGUACGAUUAGCAAAGUGGCAGUUGCCGGGGCCAGUGGUUCUUUUGGCCUGCCCGUAGUACACCAACUCAUUGAAGACGGAUUCAAAGUAACAGUACUCACCCGAAAGGGAACGAAUCACAACUUCCCAUCUGGCGUCACAGUCGCCGAGGUCGAUUAUGAGUCUCCCGAAACCCUCGUCAAGGCGCUGGCAGGUCAAGAUGCCGUCGUUUCAGUCAUCGGCUUCCAAGGCUUAGAGCAGCAAAUCCCGCUAGUCGAAGCCGCCGUCAAAGCCGGAGUCAAACGGUUCAUCCCCUCGGAAUUCGGCGGAGAUGCUGAGAACGAAAACAUCUCCCAACUACCUAUGUUCGUUUUGAAAAAGGCUACGAAGGACCUCCUCAAGAAGGAAGCGGCCUUGGGCAAGAUAACGUACACCUUGAUAACCACCGGUCCUUUCCUGGAUAUGGCGCUACAGUACGGCUUAAUCGCCAAUCUCAAGGAGAAGAAGAUCAAGCUCUGGGACGGCGGCGAGAGAUCUUACAGCACGACCACCAUCGCAUCCGCCACUAAGGCGACCUCGGAAGUCCUCAAGCAUCUCGACGAAACCAAGAACCGCGUUGUCUUCAUUCGCAGUGCAUCACUCACUCAAAAGGGGCUCCUCGAGAAGGUCAAAAAGGCAGCUGGACCGGACGGAUGGACGAUAGAGACCCCGUCUGUAGCAGAAAAUCUUAAAGCGGCAUAUGCCCAGCUUAAAGAGACGGGCGAGAUCGAUAGGGUGGCUUUCAUAGUAUCGGCUAUCUGGGGCGAGGAAUAUGGGAGCAAUUUCCAGGCGGUUGAUAACGACUUGCUUGGCGUUAAAGAGUUGAGCGACGUGGAGCUUCAGAACCUGAUUGAUGGUUUCGCGAAAUAGGUAGUUUUGCAUACAAAUGAUGCCUCGGUGCUUGGCAUGGAAGCCUCUAGAGUUGACUGUUUUGGAAUUAAGAUAUGGAAGCCCCCUAUAGUCGCGACCCACAAAACGGCCUCCUUCACUCGCCACCCCACCAAAUUGGUCGGGCGGAAUGAAAUCUGAUCUAUUUUGAAGACCUUGAUGUCCUAAUAUUCAAAUUUGAUGAGAUAACUAAGUCGUGCGUUGUAAUGCGAUUCCAACGAUAUCACUAUUAUCAGGUGAUGCGUUGUCGAUAUAUCGC